ACACAUUAAAACCCAAUUUCGCUCCAAAAAGAACCUUGGAUUUUGUUUAAUGGCUUCCCUUGCCAGUUUCUCGACUAUUUCAUCUUCUUCCGCAGCUCGUUUAUCUUCUCUUCGAAACUCUUCUUCAAAUUCUUUCGUACUUACAAAAUCAUCCCCUAAUUCCAUCAAACUGUUGUCUACUCCUCCUCGUCAGUAUAAACGUUUAGUUCUCAAGGCGAAAGCUAAUUCAGUUAUUGAUGCUCCAACCACUUCAUACAUUAAUGAUGUUAGUGAUUCUCCAAAGGUUUUACUUGAAGUUAAGGAUCUAACUGCUAAAAUUGCUGAUUCAGGGGAACAGAUUCUUAAAGGUGUCAACUUGGUUAUUUAUGAAGGAGAGAUCCAUGCAAUAAUGGGAAAGAAUGGUUCAGGGAAGAGCACAUUUUCUAAGGUGCUUGUUGGUCAUCCAGAUUACGAAGUUACUGGAGGAACUGUAUUGUUUAAAGGAGAAAACUUGUUGGAUAUGGAACCAGAAGAAAGGUCUCUUGCUGGCCUUUUUAUGAGCUUUCAGUCCCCGGUUGAGAUUCCAGGUGUGAGCAACAGCGACUUUCUCAAUAUGGCAUACAAUGCCCGGAGAAAAAAACUUGGUUUUCCAGAGCUUGGACCACUUGAGUUUUACGACUACAUAUCUCGUCGGCUUAAAAUAGUUAACAUGGAUACAAACUUCUUAAAUCGAAAUGUGAACGAAGGAUUUAGUGGUGGUGAAAAGAAGCGCAAUGAGAUUUUGCAACUUGCGGUUCUUGGAGCAGAUUUGGCUAUUUUAGAUGAAAUAGAUUCUGGAUUGGAUGUUGAUGCACUUCAGGAUGUGGGGGAAGCAGUCAAUGAGCUCCUGACUCCACAAAAGUCAGUUCUUAUGGUCACACAUUAUCAAAGACUGUUGGAUAUUAUAAAGCCGAAAUUUGUUCACAUAAUGGAGGAUGGCAAAAUUGUGAAGACCGGUGAUAUCUCGAUUGCAGUACAGCUUGAAAAGGAGGGUUACAAGGGAAUAUCCUCUUAAAGCCUUAAUGGUAUGUAUUUCAGCUAUUUUACAUUGAGCAGUGCCGCGCGGGACUCUUCGAUAAGCUAGCAGCUCUGCUACCGUUAGAUCACCUUUCUGACCGUCGGAUUAAAUUUAGUAUAUUCUUUCCAGUUCAAUAGUAGAAUUAUAGAAGAAUUGCAGCUUAGCCUGCACCAAUUCUCGAACAAAGUGAUAAUGAAUAGCAAGAUACUUUAUCCCUGAAUAAAUACUGGAUUUGAAGAAUAAGAAAUGCACUAAUGUGGCCACAGAAGAGAUGGUGUUGGUGGUAAGAAAAUGUGCAAGCCUUUGAGAAGCUUACACACCCAGCUUAGUAUAGGCGUAUUGCCUGUAAUUUUACCUCAUUUUACUAUUUGUAGUUACUAUUAUCUGCUAAUGAAAACAUGAUUGCUACUGCCUGCUGGGGUUACCAAACACCACACCUUCAUUGGA